GUGAAGUGUUUGAGUUCAAUGUGCGAAUAAAAAUGGAGUCGAAAAUCAAAAAUUUCUCCAACCCGUUAAGUUUAGAGUGCGAGAAAACAAAUUUAAACCUCACUACGCCGUUCUCUAUUAACGAUAUUCUGACGAAAGAAGAGUCGAAAUGCGAAUUUGAAAAUGGAAUGUUUUCAUCGAGUUUUAGCGGGAAGAUGAAUUUUUUAAAACCAGCCAGUUUUAAAGAUGGUUUUCCUAAGAAGGAGGUUCUAGAAAGGAGUAUGAAAUACUAUGAUGAGUGCAAUAAUUAUCGUGAAUUCAACGACGAUGGCGCUCUAGAUAUGUCGAGAAAAAAUUUACCAGUCACAGAAUUAUCAGAUGACUACGAUUCAAGGUCAUCCCACACCGGGUCGCCCGUUCGCCGGAAUUCCUCCCCCAAUUCGGAUAUCAGCUACAAACCAUUCAACUUGCACUACGAAAGGAAAUGCUCCAGUCCACCCCCCGACUCCAGGCUCAUGCACUCACCAAACUAUUCGAUAGAAUACUCACAGAACACGGGAAGAAAGAAACGAUCACGAGCGGCUUUCUCCCACGCUCAGGUAUAUGAGUUGGAGAGACGAUUUAGCCAACAGAGGUACCUGUCGGGGCCUGAACGCGCCGACUUAGCUGUGAGCCUAAAACUCACAGAGACACAAGUGAAGAUCUGGUUCCAGAACCGUCGGUACAAGACAAAACGCAAGCAGUUACAGAUGCAAGAAAGCGGAAUGUUAGCAGCCGCUGCAGCUGCUGCGAACCACGCAAGGAAGGUCGCUGUAAAAGUCCUUGUAAAUAAUAAUGGACAAGCGCUACCAGAUCUCAAAUAUCAGAGCCCGUUGAUGGGAAAAGGCGUGAACCCAGCGCUGUUUACGCCACCGAAUGUUCUAGAAGGUUCUCCGAUUUGGAAGCACUUCGCCGGAAUGUACGGAGUGGACUUCACGAAGAACCCAGAGUAUAAAGCGCUGUUACAAGAAUCAUACAAUCAAGCGGUGUUACAAUCUUUAUAUGCGCCACAUUUAGGUAUGAACUACCAGAACGUAUCUUUACCCUACAUGUAUUACCCGGGACAUCCAGCUUUCGGGAUGCCUAUAUCCUGUGAUACAGAUAGGAGUCAAGGAGAAUCUAGUGAGAGUAAGGAUUUCGAUGUCAAACAUAAGGAUUUACCUAAAAAACAUAUUGAUAUCAAUGAAAACAGCAAUGAGAGUAUGGCCAGUAAUAUUGAAGUGGAAAAUUGAAACACUAUUCCAAAUAAUGAUUGUUUAGAGCACUUAUAAUGUUAAAUUUAUCAAUUAGGUGACAAUUCUGAUUAAGUUUCAAAUGCUACAAUCCCACUUACUGCGUUCUAUAUUCUCUGAAACCAUUAGAUAAAUGCAUUUAUAACGAAGUUUCAAAUAAUUACGUAAUUGUUAGUAGGAAUGAGACUUCAAGUUAAAAAUAAGGGAAAAAUAGCACGCAGAAUAUCAAAAUUAUUCUACUCGUAAUAAACAUUUGAAUUUAUUGUAUAAAAAACC